AUGGCUCCGGUGGUGAAGAAUGACGCCGGAGCACGCCUUCCUCUGCUGGCGUCUGAUCUGGACUCUCAGCAGCCGGAGAACAGUCCUUCCAUUCCGGGGGCCGUGUUUAAUGUUACAACCAGCAUCAUUGGCGCCGGGAUUAUGUCUAUUCCGGCGACUCUCAAAGUAUUAGGUGUCGUCCCUGCUUUUGUGAUGAUAGCUUUGGUUGCUCUAUUGGUUGAUGUUUCAGUUGAGUUCCUGUUAAGAUUCACGUACAACGGGGAAUCUCGAACUUACGCCGGCGUUAUGAGAGAGUCUUUUGGCCCGGUUGGUGGCGUGGUGGUUCAGAUUUCCAUCAUGAUCACUAAUCUCGGCUGCCUGAUCAUUUAUUUAAUUAUCAUCGGAGAUGUUCUAUCUGGAAAAGGGCCAGAGCAUUUGGGAGUUCUUCAAGAAUGGUUUGGAGUCCACUGGUGGAACACGCGUUCUGUUGCCCUCCUCUUCAUUCUUGUCUUUGUUAUGCUCCCGUUAGUCUUGUAUCGCAGAGUCGAUUCUUUGUGGCUUAGUUCAUUAGUGUCAGUACUUCUAGCAGUUGCAUUUGUUGCAAUAUGCUCUGUAAUGGCAAUAUUAGCACUUGCACGCGGGGAAACUAGGAGCAUUAGCAUUGUACCAGAGCUCAAAGAUGGAACUUCCUUCUUCAACCUCUUUACUGCCGUUCCAGUUAUUGUUACCGCCUUCACUUUUCACUUUAAUGUUCAUCCUAUUGGGGUUGAGCUUGGGAAACCUGCUGCUAUGAUCUCGGCAGUCAGAAUCUCCUUAGUACUCUGCGGCGCCAUCUACUUCACCAUUGGAAUUUUUGGUUAUCUUCUGUUUGGAGAUUCAGUCAUGGAUGAUAUCCUGGUGAAUUUUGAUAAAAGCACCGGUUCAGCGGUCAGUUCAUUACUGAAUGACAUAGUUCGUCUGAGCUAUGCGUUUCAUCUGAUGCUGGUUUUUCCACUUCUCAAUUUCUCAUUGAGAGCCAACAUUGAUGAGCUCUUGUUCCCUAAGAAAGCUUUACUUGCAACAGACACCAAGAGGUUUAUUGCCCUGUCUUUAGUCUUGCUGGCUUUCUCCUACUUAGCAGCAAUAGCCAUCCCCAGCAUCUGGUACUUCUUUCAGUUCAUGGGGUCAACUUCUGCUGUCUGCCUUGCUUUCAUUUUCCCAGGCAUAAUUGUUUUACGAGAUAUUCAUGGUAUAUCAACAAGAAGGGACAAAGUGAUGGCAGCAAUUAUGGUGAUUCUAGCUGUUAUUACAAGCAUCAUCGCAAUCUUCAUAAAUGUAUACAAGUUAGUUGGAAACACAUCAUAG